UUCUGGAUGACACCCAUUUUGUAUGGGAGCUGGAGAAAAAUGCAGUGGGGCAGGAUCUCUUCAAUAAAGUGUGUGAACACCUCAAUCUUUUAGAGAAGGAUUUUUGUGGCCUGGUCAUGUGGGAUUCACCAAGAACCAGGAUAUCUGCUGUGUCUUCAGCUGAGGAAUGACAUUAUGACUGGUCGACUGCCCUGUCCAUCAGACAUGUUGGCUCUGUUGGGUUCAUACACAGUUCAGUCAACACUUAGAGAUUAUGACCCAAAUCUCCACAAGAACAACUAUGUCAGUAAAAUUGUUCUUGCACCCAAUCAGAGUGAAGAGCUAGAAGAGAGAGUGAUGGAACUGCAUUCCACACACAGAUUUAUGAUACCUGCACAGGCAGAUAUGCUUUUCCUCGAGAACGCCAAGAUGCUCCCCAUGUAUGGGGUGGAUCUGCAUCCUGCCAAAGAUAUUAGCGGUGCAGAAGUGAUGCUCGGUGUGUGUUCUGAGGGAAUGAUGGUGUAUGAGGAUGAGAUAAAAAUAAACAGUUUUGCAUGGCCCAGAGUUCUUAAAAUCUCUCACAAACGGAGCACCUUUCUUCUCAAGAUGCGCCCUACUGAGGAAGAUACUGAGGGAGAUGUCCGCUUCAGCUUACCCAACUACAGGGCCUGCAAACAUCUGUGGAAAUGCUCUCUGGAGCAUCAUAGUUUCUUCAGAAACAGACUUCAAGACACAAAACCCAAAAGGUUUCUGACUUUGGGAUCAAGGUUCCGUUACCAUGGACGCACUCAGUCUGAGUGUCUGGAGGAGAGUGCCAACAUCACUCGAGCUCCUCCACAAUUUACACGCUUAGCCAUCCAGAGAAGAGCAAAUGAAGAAAUCCUUGAGGUUCUUAAGCAACCAGUCCGAACAGAAUUAGAUGAGUGGUUCCUGGUACUUGGUUCAGACAAAUGGAACAUUUCUGCAUCUGAUGAUAUGAUCCUGGAAAGCAAAAAGCUGCAGGAGUGGAAGAAGCAUGCUGAUGAUUGGUUUGUCCUCCUUGACAGAAGCCUAUUUUUACCAGUAGGUCUCCAGCAGCUCCUUCAUACUGAAGAACAGGGAGAAGUGGAGGUUGUGAAGGAGAAAGAGGCAGAGGAGAGUCUCACAGAAGAGGUUGUGAUAAAACAUUCAUAUAAAGUUCAGGAGGGGUCUGUGGAAAUGGAAGGACAAAUGAGAAUGGACAUAAGUGAGAAAAAGCAUACCGAUUAUGAAUUUAAACAGGAAAUAGUGGAACCCUUUAAGGAAAUGCUAAAAGAGGAAAUAAUAGAAGUAUAUGGAGAAAGAACACAGAGGGUAUUAAUCACUAAGCAAUGGACACAGGAGGUCAACUUUUUUGUGGAAUCACAAGAUGAUGUUGUAGAGGAAAGGAUAGAGAGAGUGGAGACAGUGGAAAGACAUGUGAUGGUGAAUGAAGGGGAGAAACUGCUCAAUAUUGGUUCUGAGGAAACAUUCGAAAGAUUGGAAAUGGUGAAACAGAGACUAGAGGAAGUUGAGGCUAUUGGACAGAAACUGCAGGAAGUUGAAGCACUGAGGGUUGGAUUACAGAAAGUGGAACAUUUGGAGCAAAGGUUGCAGCAAGUUGAGAAGGAGGGGCUUCAACAAGUGGAGACAGCUGAUUGGUACAUUGUACUAGAUCGCAGUCCAUCAAUGUUCACUAUUACCCACACAGCCCAGGAAGAGUUGCAACAGAUAGACACACCCAAACCAAUGGAGUGGGAUGAUGAUUGGUACCUUCUAUUUGAGAUCCUUCCAAGUCCCAUAGAUAUAUCACCCCCUCUUCCAGAUGUUAUCAGCUCCAUGUUUGAAGAAGAUAAGGCUGAAGAAGAGAGAAGUGAACCUGAAAGGAAAAUACAGCUGGAGCUGCUGCCACCAGAGGAACCAAAAACAGAGAGCAGAGAGCAGGUGACUGUUGAGCUAUAUGAAGAGAGCAGAGAAGGGAUGAGAACAAUGCAGAAACAAGAACUGGAGCAGGUUAAAGUAAAUUAUAAUAGACCACAGCAAGGUAUCCUUGAGCAGAGAGCAGAACAGCCUGAAAGUGAUGUGGAGGAUGACUGGUUCAUCAUUUUGGAUGUUUCUCCUAAAGGAUCAGUUUCCUUGGCCUUUCCACACUUGCGAAGCACUGUUGACCUUCAUGAGGAGAUCAGAGAGGAGGUGCCUCAGAGCAAAGUAAGUACAGAAGAGUUGCAUAAAAAGCAACAGGAGGAGGUUACAGUGAUAGAGAGCAGACCAGUUAUCCUUGAGCAGAGAGCAGAACAGCCUCAAAGUGAUGUGGAGGAUGACUGGUUCAUGAUUUGGGAUGUUUCUCCCAAAGAAUCAGUGCCCUUGGCUUAUGCACACUUGCAAAGCACAACUGUUGAGCUCUAUGAGGAGAUCAGAGAGAAGAAGCCUCAAAGCAGAGUGAGAACAGAGGAGCAAGUUAUUGAGGUGAUGACAUUGAGCACUAAAGAACAAAUAGCAGAGAAGAGGAUGCGUGUCAUACAAAACCCACAGGCCGAGCUUCCAGUGGUGCCCUUGGAAGUUGUUGACGACUGGUUUCUGCUUAAUGAGCCGGUGCCUUUUGAUCAGAGGAGUUUUCAGUCAGAGUCAGUUAAUCCAGGGAGUCGUUUAGUCCCUGUGGCUUCUUUGGAGGCUGAAGAAAAGAGAGCUGUGGAGAGCAGGAAAAUAGUGGAGAUGCAGAAAGAGCAACAGAAACUGGUGACAGUGGUAGAGAGCAGAUCACAGACAGUUCUUCUGGAGGACAUGGCACCACAGCCUCAUAGAGACAUGGAGGAUGACUGGUUCAUCAUUUAUGAUGUUUCUUCUAAAGAACAAGUGCCCUUAGUUCAUCCAUACCUGCAAGAGACAACUGUUGAGCUUUAUGAGGAGACCAGAGAGGAGAGAGUUAGAAGAGAGGAGCAAGUGAUGACAGUGAGCUCUCAAGAACAGACAGUAAUAACAGAGAAGAAGAGGAUGAGUGUCAUACAACAGCCACAGGAGUUUCCAGUGGUGUCUGGGGAUAUUGAUGAUGACUGGAUUCAGCUUUUUGACCCAGAACCUUAUGAUCAGAGAAGUUUUCCAUCAGAUGUUAGAAGCCAAGUCAUUGAGGUCCGUGAACCCACCAAAGAUCAGAGAGUUCAAAGGAUAAUGGAGGAGCAGAUGAGAGAAAAACGAGUGACAACUUUAGAAAAGAGAGUAAUCAUUGAUGAGCAUAGGGAGAGAGCUGACAUCAUCCAGCAGAUAUUUCCUGUUGGGGAUCGGGAGGUUCAUGAUGACUGGUUUGAGCUUCUUAAUCCAACACCUUUUGAAAAUAGGAGUGUUCUUUCAGUGGGCACUGACGAGCAGAGAAUUAAAGAGCAGGAGGAGAGAAGAGUGAGAGAGAAAGAAGAGAGGCAAAAACAGGAGUUGGAGGACAGAAGAGCUCAACCAUUUGUUACUGUGCAAAGUGUAGAGCAACCCCAGAGAGAAGUGAAAGACAACUGGUUCAUUCUUUUUGAUGUUUCACCUAAAGAAACAGUUGUUGCAGAUGUCAUUAAAGUAGACAAGAGAGCUGAGGAAGAGAAGAGGAGAAGAGAAGAAGAGAGAAGGAAGCAGAUACAAGUGGAGGACAGACAGCAAAAAAGACCAGCUAUACCAGAGAAAAAACCAGUACAGCUCCAGAGAGAAGUGGAAGAUGACUGGUUUACCUUUGUGGGAGUUUCCCUAAAGAUUCUGGCUGAUGAGUCUGUGCUCUUGAGAGAGUCACGGAGAUGGACAAAGAGAAUUGAAGGAGAGAGCAUUUAUGUUCGUCACAGCAUUCUAAUGCUGGAGGAUUUUGAUGUGUCCCAGGAGGUGAUAUUGAGGCACCAUGCCAGCAUUAGUGAACUUAAGCGUGUCUUCAUGGAGCCCAUGCCAGAUUUUGGACCGACUGAAUGGGAUAGACGUCUUUCCUCGUACUCACCUGCAGAGAAAGCCCAGCUCCCACAAACCAAAAGUGAAAUACUCAUCAGAAUGGGCUUAAUUGAAGAUGAUGGAAAAACAGUCUUGUAA